AUGGUCAAAGUCCUCAUCUCCCUCAGCUUGUUGGCCGAUGCCGUUAUGGCUGGCUCCAUCACGGAACUCCCCGAGUCUGUGACCAAGCUCAUCGACUACCGCACAGACCCAUGCGACGACUUUUACCAAUAUGCGUGUGGCGCGUGGUACAAGGAUGCUGUGAUACCCCCGGACGAACACGAAAUCGAUACAUCGUACAACAAGAUACACAUCCAAAACCAAGCCUUAUUGAAGAAGAUUUACUCUGACAACAAGCCCAAGCUUGGUGAGUUUUACAACUCUUGUUUGGACACGGCUACGCUAUCGUCGCUCGGCCUGACUCCGCUGCAGGACUCGUUCAAAGCCAUUCGGUCGGCCAACACCACGUUGGACCUCCUCAUCGUGGCUGGUGAAUUGGCCAAGAAUGGCAUUCCUGCCUUCGUGGACAUCAAUUCCAAACCUGACGACAACGACUCGACCAAGAACGCCCUCUUCGGUUUCCGAGCCCCCCUGUCGCUGGAUCGCGAGUACUACACCGUCCCUUUCGAGUGGGGGUUCGUCGAAGCCGACUACAAGGUGUACAUUGCGACGGUGUUGCAGCUAGCUGGCUACUCUCCUGAGCAAGCGGAGGCUGCCGUGCCGGUGAUCAUCCGUUUCGAGCAAACUCUGGCUGGUGUCGCACUAAGCGAGCUAGAGGAGAUGGAGGCCAUUGUGUCCCCGUAUACGGCGUUGACGUACUACCAACUGGACCAGAAGUACCCGCUGCUUGUCGGAUCGUGGCUUAAGGCCAAUGGCUUCAACGUCCGCGAUCAGUGCGGUGGGUCGAACGACUGGGUGGGGUUUUACGACUUGACCUACUUUGACAAGACCGAAAAAUUGUUGAUGAACACGACGCUGGACAACCUCCGCACCAUCGUGGAGUACAAGCUAAUUCACGCCUCGUCAAAGCACUUGACCCCUGAAUUCCACACGGCCAACUGGAACUUGUUCGGCAAGAAGAUCGAUGGCGAAAGUGAGGAACCUUCUCGACCAAAAUUCUGCAGGGCUGAGUCACGCUCCACCGUGGGGGAUCUCUUUGGCCAGUACUUCUUAGACGAGGUGUGGUCGGCUGAUACAGCCAAGACGGCCGACGACCUGGUCAAGGCCUUAAAGUCGUCUUUCUCGACUGGCAUUGCCACCACUGACUGGUUGGACAACUCGACCCGCGCCAACGCGCAAACGAAGCUGUCCAAGCUUGUACACUUGUUGGGUGGCCCGGAAAAGCCGCAGCUAUACCCCACGCUGACGUUUGACUCGAAGUCGUAUUUGAACAACCGGUGGAAGGUGUCUCAAGUGAACAUCGACACCAACUUAAAGCUGAACGGCCACCCUGUGGAAAGGGUUAUUUUCGGCUCGCCCACCCCGGAUGUGAACGCGUACUACAGCCCCCACUAUAACCAAAUUACAUUCCCGGCCGGUAUUUUGCAAAAACCAUUCUUUGACGGCCAUUUUGACGCUGCCCAGAACUUUGGUGCCAUCGGGGCGACAAUUGGACACGAAAUUACCCACGGGUUCGACAACAUCGGCCGCGAUUUCGAUGGCGACGGAAACUUAAACCCGUGGUGGUCGAACGCCACCAACGAUGCGUUCGAGACAAAAGCACAGUGCAUUAGAGACCAGUACGCCAACUUUGUCGUCUGGAGCGACGAAACUGGCGCUGUAUUGGGCAACAUCAACGCCGAUAUCACUUUGAGUGAAACCAUUGCAGACAAUGGGGGGCUGAAGACCAGUUUCCGCGCGUACCACGAGUACUUGAAGGAGUUCCCGUCGCAGUACACGGAAGAAGCAGGCGACAAGUUGUUCUACUUGUCGUACGCCCAAGCCCAAUGCUCCAAGAACACGGAUGUCCGCCUUCUCAGGUCUUUGAGGAAGAUCCAUCCGCCCGGUCGGUACCGCGUGACAGGGGCGUUGCAAAACAACGCUGAGUUUGCCCGUGUGUUCCAGUGCCUCCCCGACUCGUACUUGAACCCGUCCAAGAAGUGCUUAUUGUGGGAAUAG